AUGUCUUUCGUAUUUCUACUGGCGUUUGGUGUAUCAUUUUAUAGUUUAGUAUUUGGUGUUCAAGAAUUUACUUGGCAUUUAUCACAAGCUUUAGAAACAUUCGAAGAAAAUUUUAAAGCAAAUGGUUAUACAGCGUUUAUCUUAUUGCUUGGUUAUAUGACUAUUGUUAGUAUACUCUUAGUCAACCCUAGAGAAAAACUGUCACUCGAUGACAAAAGUAUAACAAAAAUUGAAACAACUGAAGAUGCAUAUGGUGAUGAAGUUUAUUAUAAUUAUUUAAAGCAGGAAAGAAAACUACUUGAUGAACCUGAUCUAGAUGAAGAACGAGUGUAA